GUUGAAAACAAAAGUAUUUUUUUUUUCAUUCUUUUUUCCUAUUUUCUUUUUCAAAAUGCUUCAGGGUAUUAGUAAUAUAUUUGUUAGCAUCCGUUCCAUUACGCCGGCGCAGCGUGCUGUACGGCAGAAACAUGAGAUGCCCGAGCAUCUAAAGAAAGUGGAAACGGCAAAGAAUCCUCGUUUAUCGGAUAUAGUCAUGUACAACUACCACAAAGCUGCCCAAAUUAUGGAGAAGGAUUUAGUCAAAGAGAUGGAUCAAUAUGCCCAUUUUAAGCCAGCUGAAAAGCAGGCGCGAGUAACUGCCAUUUUGAAUCUGAUAGGCAACGUAACCAGCUCGCUCGAGGUGAGCUUUCCCAUCAUUAAGAACAAUGGCAGCUACGAGAUUAUAACUGGGUACCGAGCACACCACGUGCGCCAUCGUCUGCCCCUAAAGGGUGGAAUUCGGUUCGCCAUGGAUGUGAGUGACCAUGAGGUGAAGGCAUUGGCAGCUAUUAUGACAUUCAAGUGCGCCUGUGUCAAUCUACCUUUCGGCGGCUCCAAAGGUGGCAUUCGAAUCGAUCCGAAGAAAUACACGGUCAAGGAAUUGCAAACAAUUACGCGCCGCUACACCAUGGAGCUGUUGAAGCGUAAUAUGAUUGGCCCUGGCAUUGAUGUACCUGCGCCAGAUGUGAAUACAAGUCCGCGCGAGAUGAGUUGGAUCGUGGAUCAGUAUACCAAGACCUUUGGCUAUAAGGACAUGAAUGCGGCCGCAAUUGUAACGGGAAAGCCCGUCCACAUUGGCGGCAUCAAUGGCAGAUUUGAGGCAACUGGGCGAGGGGUAUGGAAGGCGGGCGAUCUGUUCUUGCAGGAUAAGGAGUGGAUGGACUUAAUCGGUCUUACGACUGGCUGGAAAGACAAGAAGGUCAUUGUUCAAGGCUUCGGUAAUGUUGGCUCAUUUGCAGCCAAGUUUGUCCACGAAGCAGGCGCCAAAGUAAUUGGUAUUCAGGAACAUACUUUUUCAUUAACUAACAAUGAUGGUAUUGAUAUCAAUGAUCUCAUGGAAUAUAAGGCGGAAAAGAAAACCAUUAAGGGCUAUCCGAAAGCCACUGAAACCAAGGAGGAUAUCCUAACUGCGGAAUGCGAUAUAUUGAUCCCGUGUGCUACACAAAAGGUCAUCACUAGCGAGAACGCAAACGACAUCAAAGCUAAAUUGAUUUUGGAAGGCGCCAACGGACCAACUACACCAGCUGGAGAGAAGAUUCUUCUGGACAAAAAAGUCUUGAUCAUCCCAGAUUUCUAUUGUAAUGCUGGCGGUGUCACGGUAUCCUAUUUUGAGUACCUGAAGAAUAUAAAUCACGUAUCGUACGGCAAAAUGAACUCAAGGAUAACCUCGCAACUCAUUCACGAAGUUGUGAAUUCGAUUAACCAGUCGUUUCGUGACUGCGAUAAUAUCCCUAAAGUCGAGCCAACUGAAAGCCUUCAAAGGCUGCGCGACUGCGCCAGGGAAGCAGACAUUGUGGAUUCUGCCCUACAAACUGUUAUGGAGUCAUCGGGUGCUGGCAUUAAGGAAACAGCAGAAAAGUUUAAGCUUACCAAUGAUAUACGUACUGCUGCCUAUAUUUAUUCUGUAUUUAAAAUUUUCCGAGCAUUGGAAAGCUCCGGCAUAUCACAGCAGUAAAAGGUUCAACUCUGGAUAUUAGUAUAUGUACAAUAUAUAUGGAUAUGGAGCUCGAAAGCUACGAAUGUUUGACGCUAUCAAAUACCGGCACAAUUUAACGUAAUGGAAGAACUUUAAGAAAUUAUUAUAGAAGCAUGCUAGACAUACAAAAUUAAGACAUAUUAUUCUUACUUUAAUGAUGUUCUUUUUAAAUUAAUCAAAGUUAACAAAUUAUUUGUAUGAAAAAUUACCACAA